AUGAAUAAAACAUUCAAACAAGCAGAACACGCAAGCAGAGCAGAAGGAAGUGUUACGAAACAGGGUGGAAGAAUAAAAAAUUGGAAGAAAAGAUGGUGUGUACUUGACGAAGAAGGUUUACAUUAUUAUAAAACACAACAUACUACAGAGAAAGGAUCUAUAGCAAUAGAGACAAUCAUUAGUUGUAGUGGCGAAGAGAGACUGUCGUCAAAGAGAAAGAAUUGUUUUCAAGUUACAACCACCGAGAGAACCUAUAGAAUAUGUGCAACAGAUUCACUUGAUAAAGAUGAAUGGGUGACAUCGCUAAACAAACUUUUGAAAUCGAGAACAGGAAGUGUUAACAAUGGUAAUAAUAAUAAUCAUAGUAAUGGUAGCUCUUUAAAGUCAUCAUCAGGUCAUGUAGAUAUAAAUAGAUUAAAAAUAGAAAACAACGAAAACGAUACAUCUUCAGAGAGUUCGUCUUAUUCAUCGACGUUCACACGUGACGUCGGACAUUCUAAUACGAUCUCACUAACACCAAUUAUGCUGUCGCUAAAAGAUAAAUUCGGUCAUCCAAACUUUUCUUUAGAAUUAAAUAAGAAGAGAGAUUUGUUAUCAAUAGAAGAGGUAGAGACUAUUAUGAAACUUUUGGAUGGACAUAUAAAGUCAGAGAUCGAGGAUUCAACAAAAGAAUACGAUAGAGAGAUUGUAGAGAUUAUCAAACAGAUUUAUAAACUUAGAGACGCGGAAAUCGAGGCCGUCGAAGAGAAAUACAGGAAAGAGAAAUAUGAAAUUCUGGCAGAGAUCAGUAGGAUAGAUGGUAAAUGA